AUCAAUUUUUUUUGGAUAUUUUUAUCAAGAUUUUCAUUAGAUUGAAUGUGUACAUGAACAUCCUUACUUUUGAAUGGGGGUAUAUUCCGCAAAAUAUGAGAGAAAAUAAAACGGAAUAUACCUCACACGGAGAAGAGAAGGAAAAGAAAAAAACUAGUAAAGGUUGUUUGAGUAGAGGAGAGAGGACAUAGUUGUCGACAAACACAAACAGUGUAGCUUAGCAAAUCUGUGUUUGUUGUGAGCGACGACUCUUGUGCGAGUGAAAGCAGCAGCAAUAAUGUUGACGACGAUGAAUCUUCCUCUGCACACUUCGGUUUGGGUAAAGUCCCGGCGGAGUUGGUGUUGCUACGCCUCACUUUCGCAGCCCGAUAGGAAAGAGAUCCGUCUCGGUUUGCCCAGCAAAGGUCGCAUGUCCGCUGACACCCUCCAACUUCUCCAGAAUUGUCAAUUGUCAGUGAAGCAGGUCAAUCCUCGACAGUAUGUUGCUGAAAUUCCUCAGCUAUCCAACCUCGACGUUUGGUUUCAGAGGCCCAAAGACAUAGUAAGAAAAUUGUUAUCUGGAGAUCUUGACCUUGGUAUUGUGGGACUCGAUACUUUCAGUGAACAUGGCCAGGGUAAUGAUGAUCUUAUCAUUGUCCACGAGGCUCUGGAGUAUGGUGAUUGCCGUUUAUCCCUUGCGAUUCCCCAAUAUGGAAUAUUUGAAAAUGUAAAUUCACUGGACGAGCUUGCAAAAAUGCCUCAAUGGACAGAAGAAAAGCCUCUACGAGUUGCUACUGGUUUCACCUACCUGGGGCCUAAAUUUAUGAAAGAGAAUGGACUUAAGCAUGUGACAUUUUCAACUGCUGAUGGAGCACUGGAGGCAGCUCCUGCGAUGGGGAUAGCCGAUGCUAUCUUGGACCUUGUAAGUAGUGGAACCACACUGAGAGAAAACAACUUGAAGGAAAUCAAAGGUGGAGUUGUUUUGGAAAGCCAGGCUGUCUUUAUUACAAGCAGGAAAUCAGUGAUCCAACGGAAAGGAGUACUUGAAACAACACAUGAGAUGCUUGAGAGAUUGGAAGCACAUCUCAGGGCCAUUGGGCAGUUCACGGUUACUGCAAACAUGAGGGGAAGCAGUGCAGAGGAAGUGGCUGAGAGAAUACUGAGUCAACCAUCAUUAAUGGGUUUGCAGGGACCCACUGUAAGUCCUGUUUUCUGCAAGCGUGAUGGGAAGGUAACAGCAGACUAUUAUGCCAUAGUCAUAUGUGUGCCUCAGAAGGCACUAUACAAGUCUAUACAACAACUGAGAGCGAUUGGAGGCAGUGGAGUUCUUAUAUCACCCUUGACCUAUAUUUUUGAUGAAGAAACUCCAAGAUGGCGUCAGCUCCUAUCUAAACUUGGGCUAUAGCCAUUUAUGAUCAAUCAAUGGAGUCAUUAGGGGAUGUUUCGUUUUUCAGAUACUGUCGAAGUAGAUGAGCAUUAAAUCUAUGGUGAAAGCUGCAAAAGCCAAGUACACCAAAAUGGAGGACGUAGAUAACUGAAAUUGCAUUUUUAGCUCAUUAUUCAUAGAGGAACUCCUAUUUCCACAUCGCUUUAUAGAUUGAAAUUUUUGUAGAAAGCCUGUAUCUUUUUCCUUUCGUUCUCUUCAUAACACUGGUAAUCGCUAGAGAAGUGACUAUGUUCCUGGUCCUUUCCGCGGGGAUUGCUAUUUAAGUUGAAAUUUUAAACUUUAUUGUAGAUUUUAUUUUAUUUGUGACCUUAAUGAGUUGCCCAUGUACAAUAUACAAGUCCACCUUCAUGGUGUUUGAAA